CACAGAAAGCGGUUUGGACAGACAGAAAGAGAGAGAAGAUUUUACUUUCAUACGUUCACACACAUCCAUACAUCCUUCUGGAAUCUAACAUCUCCUCUUUCUCUCUCUAUAUCUCCUGCGUUCAGUAUUUUCGAUCAAACGGUUGGUGGUUCUCCCCCAGGUGGGUAGCUUUCACUGGUGUGAAUUCGGGCAAGUUUGCUUGUUUUUGUGAGUCAAUUUCACAAGAACUGAAAAGGGGUUGUGGGAUAGGCGUGGUAAGAUUUUUGGAGUUAGGGUUCAGGCUGCUAUUGUUCACUUGUUGAUAAGAUGGUGGAUUCAAUUGCUGCAACAUCUCUGCUAGGGCAUCGACCCCUAUGCGGAGGAUUGGGAUUAUCUUGUAAGGACAUCUCAUACAAACGCAGACUAUCUGAUGUUUGUCGGUUUCCAUUGAUGGAAUUUCUUGGUAGAAGGAUUAGUGCUUCUCCAUAUUUGCCUAGGAGGAGAGGAGGUGAUCGGUUAGGGGCUUUGUCUAUUAAGGCUCUUGCAAUGGAGUUGACCAAAGAGGCGCAUUCCUAUAAAGAAGAGAGAAUUCCCAGGAAUUUGAGAUACCGAAUUGAUACGGGAAUUGAUAGAAAACCUGGCUUAUGGCCACCUGAGAACAAGGCGGAUAGCUCUUCCCUACAUAAUCCCUUGCUUAGGCAAGAAAGAAUGGGUUGUGGAUGGUUAGGUGCUAUAUUUGAAUGGGAAGGAGUCAUAAUUGAAGAUAAUCCUGAUCUCGAGAACCAAGCCUGGUUAGCACUUUCUCAAGAAGAGGGAAAAUCCCCUCCCCCAGCUUUCAUUCUUAGGAGAAUAGAAGGGAUGAAGAAUGAGCAAGCCAUUUCUGAAGUUCUUUGCUGGUCCAGAGACCCAGCUCAGUUGAGAAGAAUGGCUUCUAGAAAAGAAGAUAUUUACCAAGCUCUGCAAGGUGGGAUGCAUAGAUUACGCACUGGAUCUCAGGAAUUUGUGAAUGUUCUUAUGAAUUACAAGAUACCAAUGGCACUGGUUUCAACUCGACCUAGAAAAACUCUUGAGACUGCAAUUGGAACCAUUGGAAUAGAGAGUUACUUCAGUGUGAUCGUAGCAGCAGAGGAUGUUUACAGGGGGAAGCCUGAUCCUGAGAUGUUUGUGUAUGCAGCGCAGCUGCUAAACUUUAUACCUGAAAGGUGUAUUGUGUUUGGGAACUCAAAUCUAACUGUGGAGGCUGCUCAUGAUGCCCGGAUGAAGUGUGUGGCUGUUGCCAGCAAGCAUCCUGUUUAUGAGCUUGGGGCUGCGGACUUGGUCGUGAGGCACCUGGAUGAGCUUUCGGUCGUGGACUUAAAGAACCUUGCUGACAUUGAAUCAACUGAAUUUGGGCCUGGAGAGCCAGAAACGGAGAUGGAGCGGGAGGAGGAUUCAUAGUUUCAUACACCUCUACUUCAGCUGCUGUUGAUGAUGAUUUCUGGUAACACAUUUGAAAUGUACAGUUCUUUCUGAUUUAGCUAUCAACAAUAGUAGUUUUAUAUUGGCCUUUCCAUGUAUAAAAAACCACAAAAAAAAAAAAGAAAAAGGGAAGAAAUCAAAAGGAGAUGGGUGAUCUGCAUUGGACUACCCUUUAAUGCUAAUAAUAUAUGUAUUAUCUGUAAAAUACAUAUGUAGAAUUUCGAUAUGUCUGUCCGGUUGUUCUAUUUUUAUUCAACAUAUUGAAUGGCAUAAUUGCUCUGUUGAGACAAA